AUGGAAGGCCAAGGACGCUCUAACGGGCAAGCCCGGGGUUGGAGGCAAAACGGCAACACGGCGGCACCAACCUUGGCCGGAGAGAGGGGCUGCACGGCUACCCAGACUCCCUCAAGGGCUGAAGUGCAUGGAGUUAGGCAACUCCGAACGGGUUGGGCCGAUGGGCCCGCGUACAUCACACAAUGCCCCAUUCAACCGGGCCAUAGCUACGUCUACAAUUUCACAAUCACGGGACAAAGGGGCACACUUUUUUGGCAUGCACACAUUCUCUGGCUUAGGUCCACCGUGCACGGUGCUUUAGUCAUUUUGCCUAAGCUCGGUGUGCCGUAUCCCUUCCCAAAACCCGAUCACGAAAGGGUCGUCGUUUUAGGAGAAUGGUGGAAGUCCGAUACUGAAGCAGUCAUCAACGAGGCGAUUAAAUCGGGCUUGGCGCCAAACGUGUCCGACGCUCACACCAUCAACGGUCAUCCGGGACUCGUCUCGAACUGUUCGUCCACAGACGCCUACUCGUUGAGCGUGGCCCCAGGAAAAACGUACCUUCUCCGCCUCAUCAACGCCGCACUCAACGAGGAGCUAUUUUUCAAGAUUGCCGGCCACCAGCUCACGGUGGUCGAGGUCGACGCUACCUACGUCAAACCCUUCAAAACCGACACCGUUCUCGUCGCCCCCGGACAAACCACCAACGUCCUCCUCGCCGCCAACCGAGCCUCCGGCAAGUACAUGGUCACCGCCUCGCCGUUCCUUGAUACAAUGUCGGUCGCCGUCGACAACGCCACCGCCGUCGCUGCUGUUCACUACACCGGCAUGCUCGCCGCUGCCGCCACGACGGCCACUGCCCCGCCGCUGCGCAACGCCACCUCCGUGGCCAACGCCUUCCUCGAUUCCCUCCGUAGCUUGAAUUCUAAAAAAUACCCGGCAAAAGUCCCUCAAACGGUCGACCAUUCCCUGUUUUUCGCGGUCGGGCUCGGGCUCAACCCGUGCUCGACCUGCAAAGCAGGGAACGGCAGCCGGGUCGUGGCCAGCGUGAACAAUGUCACGUUCCAAAUGCCGACUGUGGCCCUGCUCGGGGCCCACGUCUUCAACGUCAAGGGGGUUUUCACGACUGAUUUUCCGGCGAACCCACCGACUCAGUUUAACUACACGGGGACGCCGCCGGGGGGGCUGGCGACCACCGUGGCCACCAAGGUGUACCGGCUGCCGUACGGCUCCACGGUACAGGUCGUGCUGCAGGACACUGGGAUUAUAGCACCGGAAAACCACCCGGUUCACCUGCAUGGGUUCAAUUUCUUCGCUGUCGGCAAGGGAUUGGGCAAUUUCAAUCCGAAUACAGACCCCAAAAACUUUAAUCUCGUCGACCCUGUCGAGAGGAACACUAUCGGCGUGCCGUCUGGCGGAUGGGUCGCCAUUAGAUUCACCGCGGAUAAUCCAGGGGUUUGGUUUAUGCAUUGCCAUUUGGAGGUCCACACAACUUGGGGUUUAAAAAUGGCAUUCUUGGUGGACAAUGGGAAGGGCCCAAACCAGUCCAUUUUUCCACCUCCUAAGGAUCUGCCCAAAUGUUGA